AUGAAGCCCCCUCGCCUCCUCUUCUUCCUUCUCCUCCUCCCUGGACUGUGGGCAGAUCCAGAGGCAGAGACACGAGUUUUCCAGUUAUUGCAGACCAGCCUCAUCGCCAACAUCAGCGAUGCUGAGAUGUCCGGGGUGGGUCUCCUGGGGGACGUGCCCAUCUUCGUACUGAAUCCUGAUGAUUGGAGCAUCCAAUUCCCCUGGCCGUGGGCCCAGGAGGCCACAUCUGAGGGUGAUAUGAAGAAGAUCCUGUCCCACUACAAACUCUUUCUGCGCAAUUUGGCCCGAUACUUGCAAGAAUUGGUCCAAAAGGGACAACUGGAGUACCCAUUCAUUGUCCAGAUCCGUGCGGGCUGUGUGCGGCACCCCAAUGAGACAAGCAGGGGCUUCAUGGAUGUCGGGGAAGGUGGCAGAGACCUGAUUGUUUUAGAGGCAGAGAAGCGGCGUUGGGAGCCCCAGCAGACGUCACCACUAGCAGAGCUGGUCAGCAAGUCCCUCACCAGUGAGAGGGCUGUCACUGAGCUUGUGGCACAUCUUGUCUCCAUCUCCUGCCCAAGCUACAUCCAAACCUUGUGCAGAUAUGGGAAAGCUGAUCUGGAGAGACAAGAGGCCACGGUCUUUGCCCGCACGCCCAGCCCAGCCCAGUUGCUGCUAGUUUGCCGCGUCACCGGCUUCUACCCCCGUCCCAUCAGCGUGGCCUGGCUGCGGGAUGGCCAGGAGGUGCCGCCGGGCCCGGUGCUCAACACCAGCGCCAUCCUGCCCAACGCCGACCUCACCUACCAGCUCCGCAGCAUCCUGGCCGUGGACCCCGGUGACGGGCACAGCUACGCCUGCCGCGUGCGCCACUGCAGCCUGGGCACCGACAGCCUCCUCGUCCCAUGGGAAAACCACAGCACAGCUGCGGCCAUUGGCAUCGCCAUCGCGGUGCUCUUGCUCGUGGCCAUGGUUGCGGCCGGAGGGUGUUGGCGGUGGAGACGCAGGGGAGGUGUCUCUCCUGUUGUGUUGGUGGGCAG